AUGAUCGACUCUCCAACUCAUCUAUUAAUUGACAGCGAAUGUUGGGCCUGGGAGAGACCUCUUUUGAAGAGCCGGCCAUCUCUGCUGGAACUUAUUCGCCGCCCAGAACGAGAGCUCCCUGCCACUGCCACCGCUUCCAGACUCGCCCUCGCCCGCUUCAACCAGCUCGUCCAUCUCCUCCCCCCUCCCUCCACUGCACGCACCUCCACCAUGUCUUCGCAAGCUGAGGAUGGAAAGAUCUUCUCGGUCUCCGGACCCGUUGUUGUGGCCGAGCAGAUGAUCGGUUGUGCCAUGUACGAGCUGUGUCGUGUCGGCCACGAUAUGCUCGUCGGUGAGGUCAUUCGAAUUGAUGGCGAUAAAGCUACUAUUCAGCCUACCGGCAAGCCUCUCUCCGUCGAACUGGGGCCCGGGUUGAUGGAGACCAUUUACGAUGGUAUUCAACGACCCCUCAAGGCCAUCUCCGAUUCGUCUAAGAGUAUCUACAUUCCACGUGGAAUUUCCGUGAAUGCGCUCGACCGUGAGAAGAAGUGGGAGUACAAGCCUGCCAACUUCAAGGUUGGCGACCACAUUACCGGGGGUGAUAUCUGGGGUAUCGUUUUCGAGAACAGCUUAUUGAAUGAGCACAAAAUCUUGCUGCCCCCGCGUGCACGGGGUACCAUCACCCGCAUAGCUCCUGCGGGCAGCUACACCGUCGACGAGAAGCUCUUGGAGAUUGAAUUCGAUGGCAAGAAGACCGAGCAUGGUAUGAUGCAGACUUGGCCCGUUCGUGUGCCUCGUCCCGUUACCGACAAGCUUCCUGCCGAUGCGCCCUUCAUUGUCGGCCAACGUGUGCUGGAUGCCCUCUUCCCUAGUGUGCAGGGUGGUACAGUGUGCAUCCCUGGCGCCUUCGGCUGUGGCAAGACUGUCAUUUCUCAAAGUGUCUCCAAAUUCUCCAACAGUGAUAUCAUUGUUUAUGUUGGUUGUGGUGAGCGUGGUAAUGAGAUGGCCGAAGUAUUGAUGGAUUUCCCUGAGCUUUCUAUCAACAUCGACGGCCGCAAGGAACCUAUUAUGAAGCGUACUUGCUUAAUUGCGAACACCUCCAACAUGCCCGUCGCUGCUCGUGAGGCCUCUAUCUACACCGGUAUCACGAUCGCCGAAUAUUUCCGUGACCAGGGCAAGAACGUUGCUAUGAUGGCCGACUCAAGUUCUCGAUGGGCCGAGGCUUUGCGUGAGAUUUCCGGUCGUCUGGGUGAGAUGCCUGCUGAUCAGGGUUUUCCCGCCUACUUGGGUGCCAAACUGGCGUCUUUCUACGAGCGAGCUGGUAAGACCAGUGCUCUUGGCAGCCCCGAGCGUGUAGGCAGUGUCAGCAUUGUUGGCGCUGUCAGCCCGCCCGGCGGUGACUUCUCGGACCCUGUCACUACCAGUACCCUGGGUAUUGUCCAGGUCUUCUGGGGUCUUGAUAAGAAGCUGGCCCAGCGCAAGCACUUCCCCUCCAUCAACACCUCAAUCUCCUACAGCAAAUACAACGCCGUCCUGGACAAGUACUAUGAAAAGAAUAACCCGGAUUUCCCUCGCCUUCGUGAUCAGAUCCGUGAGCUUCUUUCCAAGUCUGAGGAGUUAGACCAGGUUGUGCAGCUGGUCGGUAAGGCCGCUCUGGGUGACUCUGACAAGAUCACCUUGGAUGUGGCUAGCAUGAUCAAGGAGGACUUCCUCCAGCAGAAUGGUUACAGUGACUACGAUCAGUUCUGCCCAUUGUGGAAGACCGAGUAUAUGAUGAAGGCAUUCAUGAGCUUCCACGACGAGGCUCAAAAGGCUAUUUCCCAGGGUCAGAGCUGGAGCAAGGUUCGUGAGGCCACCAGUGACCUCCAGUCUUCCCUCCGAAGUAUGAAGUUCGAGGUUCCCGACGAUGAACAAGCGAUUUCCAGCAAAUACGAGAAGGUCCUGCAGUCCAUGACUGAUCGAUUUGCUUCCGUCUCUGACGAGUAA